AGGAACCGAAACUCACGGCUAGACCGAAACCGCAGUUCAGUCGGCUAUUUAUGACUGGCGGGGCCAUCCCGGUGCGUGAGCGGACGUUGCCAAUGCCUGUACCGCCACGAUCUUCAUCUCUUCCAGAGCCGGCGUCACCAGCACAGCCGCUGUCAUCUGCAUCGACCUCGGUGCCAUCAGUUCCCACGGAGGGCGGGGAGGAGGAGGAGUUGGAGGAUGCGGACGGCCAGGAGGACGAUGAGGAUGAAGGCGAAGAGGAGGAGGAGGAGGAGGAGGCGGAAGAGGAGGGCGAGGAGGAGGAAGAGCCGGAACCAGUGCCGCGGCCGAAACCGCACUUCGGUCGGCUAUUUAUGACGGGCGCGGCUGUCCCCGUGCGUGAGAGGACACUACCUCAUCUGCCGCCGCCGCCGCCACCGCCAGAGCCGUCGUCACCAGCACAGCGGCCGUCACACGCAGCGACCUCCACGUCUCUGGAGCUGUCAACCACCGCCACCGCAGCGGCAGGGGGAGCAGUAACUGCGACACCAGCAGCAGCAGCGGGAAGGCCAGCGGGGGCUGCCUCCGCGUACCCUUCUGGUCCGAUGAGGGCGGGAGUUCCCGGAAGGCCGGCGGAGGAGACCUUGCAUGGCCGGAAUGAAGAUGGCUGGGGAAUGGGUGGAAGGAUGCCAGACCCGUCUCCUGAACCGCACGACGGCAAAGACCUCGCCCCAACACGGUCAGUAGCGGAGCAGGCCAUCGAGGCGGCGCGGGCAGCUGCGGUCGCGCGGGCUGCUGCCAGGGGCCUCGGACCCCUGGCGCUGGGAGGUGGCAGCAGCAGCAGCAGCAGCAGCUCGGCGUGUGCGGGUCGGGAGCACUACUGGGAGCUGGCUGUGAGCUGCUACGGCCAGAGAAGCAGGCGUGCGGAGCGGCUAACAAGGUGGCACCCAGUCUGCAGCUUGCCCGGUGGCGACCUGCCGCUUGCAGCAGCCCUCUUGAAGGCCGAGGACCGGCUCCAACGGCUCUUCCGGGAACCCUGGAGCCCUCCCUCCGCUGCUGCUGUUGCUGCUGCUGCAGCUGCUGGACACACAGGAGACUUGGUGUCAGUCGCUCCGCCAACCGCCGGCAGCAGUGCAACCGUACCUGCUGGCCCAGCUGCCGCCACUUUCACCCCACUCCCCACUACUGUCACCCUUGCAACAUCCACAGCCGUUCGCACCGCCGCCACCGCCGCCGCCUCCACCACAGAACCCACCGCAAUCACCGUACCCGCGGCGGUCGCCGCCGCCAUCUCCCAUGCACGCAACAUCAGCGGCGUCGCCGUCACCGCCCGAGCCUUCGAGCGCGCCCUGCAGCGUGCGAGUGUGGCGGAUGUGGCGGGCCGGGCGCCCACAGACAACCAGAUCCGCCUGCUGCAGCGACUCGCACGAAGGGGCGGGCUGCGCGACCUGAGCCCCGAAGUGCAGCAUGCACUGUGUGUUCAUCAUCAGCUGCAGCCGCCAUCCGCUUCCCAUGCGCAUUCCGUUGGUGGAUUGCAUGGUGAAGUGGCGCGUGUUGAUGAGGUCAAUGGACGAGCUGCUGGUGUUGCGGGAGCCCAGGCGACUGCGUUGGCGGCGCCGGCAGCAGCAGCGGCUGUAGCGGCCGCUAGCCUCAGCUACAAGGCAGCAUCGUGGCCGUCCUUAGCAUCUUGUUCCUCAACCAUGGCGCCAGGCGCGUCGACGGCGGCAGAAGAUACGGCUUGGAUGCUGCCGCCGCCGUUGCCGCCGUCACCCAUGCAGCGGCCGCCAUCACCAUCUCGGUUGCCUCAUGUGGUAGGAUUGCACGGCGGCUUUGUCAUCAAGGGUCAUCCGGAGCUCAGCAGCAGUAACAUCGACAACAUCAGCACCAGUUGCAGUAGUGGUGGCAACGACGGCAGCAACAGCGACGAC